CUACCAAGUUCAGCCUGUUGUGAUUUUCGGAUACAGACAUUAAACUGGUCUUAAUUCGUUUAAAAAACAGAGACAUUUCUGUUUAGUUAUUUCAAAUUGAGAUGAUUUUCUCUUGCUUCAUAGCAAUCAUAAGGAGUCUAUCCGAUUUGAAUUGAGAAUGGACGAGGAGGGGGCGAAAAUUGUACUUCUCGGGGAGUUGAACGUUGGGAAAUCAAGCAUCGCCGGCAGAUUUCAAAGUGAUCAAUUUAAUGAGAGAUACCAAGCCACUAUAGGUGCAACAUUUACGACAAAACACAUCACUGAUGGAGACAGAGAAUACACAUUCUUCAUAUGGGACACAGCAGGAAAAGAAAGGUUCAGAGCACUUGCUCCUCUCUACUACAGAGGAGCCUCGGCAGCCAUCUUAGUUUAUGAUAUUACGAGUAAGAAUUCGUUUGACUGCAUCCCCUACUGGAUUUCGGAACUAAAGAAACACGGUCCACCCGACAUCAUCAUCGUCCUCGUCGGAAACAAGUGCGACUGCAGCGACGAUGUCCGACAAAUCCCGAAAAGGUUUUCGACGAGCUAUGCUACCGAGAAAGGAGUUUUUUUCUUCGAAACCAGUGCAAAAACCGGGGAAAAUGUGGAGGAAAUACUCUUGGAAAUCGGUCGACGGCUGCCAGAUAACCUGGUCUAUAUUAAAACAGAGACUACUAGUUUAUUCUGGAGCUCAAGAUCAAAAUCAAGAAGGGCUGAUCAGCUACCACAGUCAAGCUGCUGUCUCUGCUCGUGUUUCGUCUAAACCAUGAAUUGGAAAUAAUAUUGGACAUCUGCCGUUUUUUUAUUCAGUGCGUCAACCAUAAUAAGAAUGCGUUUGUGACUGCAUAUUUUGUGAGAUUUCAAAACUUCAUUAUACAAAGGGGGCGGAAGAUUUAUAUGUUUGAAUCAAUUUAUAAAUUGAUUAAUCUUGUCAAAAAAUAGGGCCUAAAUUCAAACCUUUUAAAUGACAAGGAACUUUUUUUUACAAAAAAACUUUUUGUUUUAAUAGAAUUUCUUUAAAUGCCCAUAUAAUCAGAAUGUAUAUCUAUUCAAGCUUGAGUGCUUUGUUUUUGGUGUGUAUAGGAAGUCAUGAGUAGGAAAAUGUCAGUAACAUAGUGAGC